AUGGCGCGGAUCGGCAGCGCGGUGCGAGAUCCGAACACGCUGAGCAACUACGAUGAGUUCGUGACGAGGCAUAUUACGGCGAAUCUGGAGGUGGAUUUCGAGGGGAGGCGGUUGAGUGGGGAUGUGGUGCUGCGGAUGAGGAGCGUGACGGGGGAGGGGGAUCGGGUAGUUUUGGAUACGAGCUAUGUCGAUAUAAAAGGCAUCUCCAUCGGAGGCAAGAAAGCAAGCUGGGACAUCGCUCCCCGAGUCGAACCAUAUGGUCGUCCGCUCGCCAUCCUCCUGGGAGACGCCGUCCAAAAAGAUCAGGAAUUCGAGGUCUCUAUCUCCCUCAGCACCACCCCCGAAUGCUCGGCACUCCAAUGGCUAGGUCCUGAGCAGACUUCAAACGGCCAGCAUCCCUAUAUGUUCUCGCAAUGCCAGGCCAUCCAUUGCCGCUCGAUCUUCCCCUGCCAGGACACCCCGGACGUCAAGGCGACUGUGGAUAUCAACAUCCGCUCACCGCUGCCUGUGGUGGCGGGUGGCUUGCCCACCGGAACAAGAGACUUCCAACCCGGAAAGGACGGGAAGCGGGGGACGCUGCUCUACACGUUCGAGCAAAAGCUCCCGAUCCCGAGCUAUCUGUUUGCUCUGGCCAGCGGAGAUCUAGCGACGGCGGCGAUCGGACCGCGGAGUAGUGUGGUGACCGGUCCGGAGGAGCUGCAAGGGUGCAAGUGGGAGUUGGAGGAGGACAUGGAGAAAUUCAUGGAGGCGGCGGAAGGGAUUGUGUAUCCGUACGCAUGGACGACCUACAACGUGCUGGUUCUGCCGCCGUCAUUCCCGUACGGGGGCAUGGAGAACCCGAUCUUCACGUUCGCGACGCCGACGAUCAUCAGCAAGGACCGACAGAACAUCGACGUCAUCGCGCACGAACUGGCGCACAGCUGGAGCGGGAACCUGGUGAGCACCUGCUCGUGGGAGCAUUUCUGGCUGAACGAGGGGUGGACAGUGUAUCUGGAGCGACGGAUCCUGGCCGCGGUGCAUGGUGAGGCGCAUCGGGAUUUCUCGGCCAUCAUCGGAUGGAAGGCGUUGGAGGACUCGGUCAAGCUCUACGGAGCGGACCAUGAGUACACCAAGAUGGUGCCGAACCUUAAAGAGGUGGAUCCAGACGACGCCUUCUCUAGCAUCCCCUACGAGAAAGGCUUCAAUUUCCUAUAUCACCUGGAAAAGCUGAUCGGCAAGGGGAAAUGGGACCGGUUCAUCCCCCACUACUUCACCGUCUGGAAAGCCCGAUCCCUCGACUCCUUCGAGUUCAAGCAGACCCUCCUCGACUUCUUCGCCGCCGACGCCGACGCCUCCCAGAAACUCCACGACCUGGACUGGGACACCUGGCUCUUCGGCCCCGGCCUCCCGCCGAAGCCUGACUUCGACGAGACGCUGGCCAAAGAAUGCUACGCCCUCGCCGAUAAAUGGGAACGCCGCACCACCGGUGCCGACGCCUCCUUCGCUCCGCAACCCAGCGACAUCGCACACUUCAGCGCCAACCAGACUGUCGUCUUCCUCGAGCGCCUCCAAACCAGCACGACCCCGUUCCGCCCCGCGGACAUGGAGCUGAUGGGCGCGACGUACCGACUCUCUGAGUCGGCGAACGUCGAGCUCGUGUCGCGGUUCUAUAGCCUGGCACUGAAGUCGCGGGCGGAGGCGUUCUACGCGCCGGCGGCGGAGCUGCUGGGGACGGUGGGACGGAUGAAGUUCGUGCGGCCGCUGUAUCGGGCGCUAAAUGGGUGUGAUCGGCAAUUGGCGAUCGCGACGUUCGAGCGGAAUCGGGGGUUUUAUCAUCCGAUUUGUCGGGGGAUGGUGGAGAAGGAUUUGUUUGGGGGUCAGGGGUAG